UCGGCGGACGGCGGGCUGAGUGACAGCUCUGGCCCCGCCCCCUCCCCGUCACCGGGGCGACGCCGGAAGCUUGCACGGGCCCUUAGAUUGCUCGCGCCGCAGCCGCCCUGUCUUCUGCGAUAUUUUUGUUUCUUUCUUUCCAACUCUGACGAGCGCCGGAAGUGCGGCCUGGCGGCGGCGGCCAAUCUCCAUAGAAACUCGGGAAACGUGCGGCGACCUAGCGCUCCGCCUGCGCCGCAGAGGCCGCGGCCUUGGGUUCCGCAGGUGUCCCGGCCCGGAAGUGCGGCCUUCGAGUUGGUGAGCAGGAGGCGGCCACUGCAGGGCCAGAAGUCGGAGAUGGCGGCUGCGGAGGCAGUGCACCACAUCCACCUGCAGAACUUUUCACGCUCACUGCUUGAGACCCUCAAUGGGCAGAGGCUGGGUGGGCACUUCUGUGACGUGACUGUGCGCAUCCGUGAGGCUUCCCUGCGUGCACACCGCUGCGUGCUGGCCGCCGGGUCGCCCUUCUUUCAGGACAAGCUGCUGCUCGGCCACUCCGAGAUCCGGGUACCGCCAGUGGUGCCUGCGCAGACUGUGCGCCAGCUCGUCGAGUUCCUCUACAGCGGCUCCCUUGUGGUGGCACAGGGCGAAGCUCUGCAGGUGCUCACCGCCGCAUCGGUGCUUCGCAUCCAGACAGUCAUAGACGAGUGCACUCAGAUCAUCGCUCGCGCUCGGGCCCCAGGCACCCCUGCACCCACACCCCUGCCAACGCCGGUGCCCCCGCCGUUGGCACCUGCGCAGCUGCGCCACCGUCUGCGCCACCUGCUAGCCGCACGGCCCCUGGGGCACCCGGGUGCAGCACACAGCCGCAAGCAGCGCCAGCCUGCGCGUCUGCAGCUGCCUGCACUCCCGGCCAAGGUAGAGGGUCCUGACGCGGACCCGGCACUGCCGGCCCCUGAGGACAGAGGCGAAGAUGAGGAGGACACCGAGGGUGAGACCGAUGGCGAGGACGGUGAAGGUGGUGGCCCAGGUGAGGGCCAGGCACCCCCUUCGUUCCCUGACUGCGCAGCUGGCUUCCUCACUGCUGCCGCUGACAGCGCUCGAGAGGACCCGCCUGCGCCUGCGGGCCUCGCUGACUAUGGCGCGGGCAGAGACUUCCUUCGUGGCGCUGCGGUGGCCGAGGACGUGUUUCCAGAAAGCUACGUAUCUGCUUGGCACGAGGAGGGCGGCUCUGCCGCAGAAGGCUGUCCUGCUGAGACCCCUACCCCACCCGACUGCGCCCUGGCGGGACCCCGAGUGCCUGGCGUGAAAACCUCAGGGAUGCCUGUUGCACUUUUCCCCUUUCACCUGGGCGCCCAGGGGCCCCCUCCGCCAACCCCUCCCGCACCCUCGGGGCCAGCUCCUGCACCCCCGCCCACCUUCUACCCCGCGCUCCAGCCAGAGGCGGCCCCCAGCGCUCAGCUCGGGGAAGCCCUGGCCCCGCCCGGGGUGCCUGCCUCGGCCCCUUCGGGCACCCCUGUGCGAGCUAGCGGAGCAGAGCAGCCUGCCUACGAGUGCAGUCACUGCCGAAAGACGUUCAGCUCCCGGAAAAACUACACCAAGCACAUGUUCAUCCACUCGGGUGAGAAGCCUCACCAGUGCGCAGUGUGUUGGCGAUCCUUCUCGCUGCGCGACUACCUGCUCAAGCAUAUGGUCACACACACUGGUGUGCGCGCCUUCCAGUGUGCAGUUUGCGCCAAGCGCUUCACACAGAAGAGCUCCCUCAAUGUGCACAUGCGCACUCACCGGCCUGAGCGUGCACCCUGCCCCGCCUGUGGCAAGGUCUUCUCGCACCGAGCGCUGCUGGAGCGCCACCUGGCUGCGCACCCUGCGACCUGACGCGGGAUCUGGCUGCAUCCACCGUGGGAUCAACCACGCCCCUAUGCCGGUUGGCUACUGCUGCCUUGACCACCACCCUACUCCUCUCCCAGUCCUGUCCCCUUCUCCAGGCUGAACCUGGGGCACAGCCCCUUACUCCUCUCUUCUGCAUCCUUGAACCCUCCAGGUGGGUCCAAGGCCCAGACAGGGGACAGUCAGAGACCUGGCCACUAAGAACUGGACCAUUUCCAGGCUGAAGUAGGCUCACAGGCCCUUGGAACUGGGUCCAGGGUUCAUAUCUCUGGCAUUGAUUUGCACCCGCCUCCCAUUUGCUGUAGGGUGUGGCUGCGGCUCUGUUUGAGGGUUGGUGGAGUGAUGUACCUGGGCCCCCACCUGGCACUACCCCUCCCUCAUCCAGGGCCUGAGGAGGCCCAGAUGGACCCAUCAUGGAAUGGGUCAUACCUUGGGACUCUCACUUCAUAAUAAAAGACUCUAGCCAGUGCAUACUGCCAUCAUAGACUGGCUGGGCUAGGAACAUCAGGCCUCAGCGUCCAUUUCUGGGUAGCACCCUGCCAGCCCCUGGAAUUCUGGUGUGGGAUCUGGGGUGGGUUGCACGUACGACUGAAGGUCAGUUCACGUGGAGCUGUAUGCCGGGUCCCCAUCUGAAGUCAGGGCGCUACAACACUCACCUAGCAGUCACACGGCUUGCUUCUGCAGUCACAGUGAUUUCAAGCCCCACCUUGCAGCCAGACUCAGGGCCUUUGAAAUCUCCUCCCCUCCCUCUGUUCUGACGCAUGAUGUUUGAACACCUUACUUUUGAGGAAUCUGGGGGGUGUCCUUUGGGACCAGGCUGCUGUGAGGCUUUGUGAGCCCCAGGACACCUGCCCUUGUUGCUGGGUGCUGAGUACUGGAGUGCACAGCAUGAGUUAGCUGGCCCUGUGGGGAGGGGGCAACAGCAGCCAGGGACCCUAGGGCUGGGUGGAUGAAGAUGGGUACCCAAGGCAAGAUGACGUCACAGGACCUGCAUCAGACCUCUGCCAACCUAGAGGGGUCAUCAUCCCCCUUCUCCCACCUCCAGUGCACUGUCGGCUCCUGGGCUCCUGGACUGGGUAACCUGCUUUCAGGAUUCGGAUACAGUGGAGCAGGUUACAGCCAGGAAGGCCAUGCCCCAGGCUACCUGGGUGUGUGGCAGCUCCUGUCCCUGCCGCCAUAGGCAAGGGGCAACCACACAUCAGAGGAAGAGUUCAGCUUCUCAACUCCAAGGUCGAUCCCCAUGGACAGGGUGAGACAGUCCCUGUGCAGGCCUGUGGUGGACAGCUAGGUUUGAACUCAGGCAGUG